UGUCUCCGCGAGCUGCAGCACACAGCGCUCGUGCUGCUCUGGAUUUUUAACUUGGCCUUUUUUGUACAAGGAACUACUCGCUUUUUCACACAUUUACCAGCAUAUUGGAAUAUAAACUCGACUGAACUGAAAAAGAAAAUGCGCCGUUUCUCAAAACAAGGCUGCUAGAUGCUGACCUGAACCUUUGGUGUAUGCGGGACAUAUCCUUCAGAUGGAGUCAAGGGUUGCCCACCACAUUCCUGGAGUCUCCUCCUCCAUGAUGGUGCAACCUUUGCUGGACAGCCGGGUCCCUUAUGGCAGGCUUCAGCACCCAUUGACAAUCUAUCCUAUUGACCAGAUGAAGUCCUCGCAUGUGGAAAACGACUACAUCGACAGCCCUGCAGUGGUGUCGCAGCAGCCUUCGAGCCACAAGGUGGCCACCAGGGGGCAGGAGGUCUUGCUAGGUGCCCAGCACCACCCUCACCUGUCCCGCUGUGAAGCCCCGGACGCCACCACCCACCCCUGGAUCUCAUUCAGUGGCCGACCCAGCUCCAUCAGCAGCAGCAGCAGUACCUCUUCUGACCAGCGUUUGCUUGAGCAUGUGGCGCCCACCCCCUUGGUGGAUUCUUAUCCCAGCAACGGAGGCCAUCCCAGGAUCUUGAGUACAGAGCAACCGAAAGUGCUUUGCUCCAAGCCUCAGAACUCGAAAACAGGGGUGGCUUUGUCAGCUGAGAAAAACCACAUGCCUUUGUGCGAGAAGUGUGGAAAGUGCAGGUGCACGGAGUGCACUCUGCCACGGACCCUACCCUCAUGCUGGGUGUGCAACCAGGAGUGUCUGUGCUCAGCACAGAACCUGGUGGACUCGGCCACCUGCAUGUGCCUAGUCAAGGGUGUCUUCUACCACUGCACAGAGGACGAGGAUGACGAGGGAUCCUGCGCCGACAAGCCGUGCUCCUGUUCACACUCGAACUGCUGCGCUCGUUGGUCCUUCAUGGCAGCCGCUUCACUGGUGCUGCCAUGCCUCAUGUGCUAUUUGCCUGCCAUGGGUUGCGCAAAGCUCUCACAGAAGUGCUAUGACAAUGUAAGGCGUCCUGGCUGCCGUUGCAAAAGCCCUCAGUCCUGCAAAGAAGCAGAGGUCAAGCGCUGCCCUCUGGAGAAGCAGGCCUCGUGAUGGCAUGUUAGAAAAAAAUGACAAAGAGGGACGGAAAGCUGGCAGGACCUUCUCUAAUUCUUAUGUACUUCCCCAAAUUAUGGUACUUAAAGGGUUCAUGCUUGAUCCUCACUGUUGUAAUGACCUGCCUCAAGUCAGUCACGAUGUUUGCUAGAGGGACUGGCAGGAGCAUUUUGGCUACAAAAUGAAAAGGCCUAUUUUUGGGGUUCUCCUUGUGGCUGUGGAAUCAAAGUGUUCUGCCAUUUUAGCCACUAGUUAAAACACUUGCCAGUACAGAAUGCUGCAAAACGUAUGUUGACAAAGUUAAUCUCUGCACAUCUGCCACCUUCUAUUCCUAUGUUGAUUUUGCCUUUGGGUGGCUCGCAGUAGUCAAAAUAAAUACCAUCUAUACAAGAGCAUUCUAUACUUUGGCAAUCCCUCCCCGGAUCUGGCACUGAGAAAAAGUUGAGGUGCAUUCCAAGCUGAUAACAUGUUACAAUCAAAAUAACUAGACUUUAUACCUCUAUGCCCACUUAUAAGCUUGUUAUAGAGCUUUUUCCUUCCUUUUUGGGGGUGAGAACAGGAGGCAACAUUGUUUGGUUAAAGGAUAGUGAGUUCCUUUGUUGUCCAUUAACACAAUGUAAUACUUCAGAAAUUCAACUAGAGCCAACCAUUCAUCAUAGCAGAAUAGGAUGUUUUCCAUCAUCCUGCAGACAGGUUUGUGGAGUUUUGUUAACAAGUGGCUUUCACAUGUAUUCAAGUGCAUGACACACAGUACACACAAAAAACUUCCUUCCACAAUAUAUCUUCCAAAUAUAAGCAGUUCAAUUUAUUGUAGGUCACCUCAGGGAGAAUAAUUUUCACAUAUGUAUAGCAUGUAAUUUCAACAUGGUAGGCAAUUUAAUAAGAAACAAAAUAGUAUCCAUAAGCUACAAAACUGGGUAAGCCAAAGGCUUAUUCUAAAAUAGUAAGAUUUGCCAUUUCUACUACCAUUAGCAAUCCUGAAACACCUAAGACUUACGACAAAAAGCACAGCAUUAUGUACAAAUGCAUGUAAAAUUCCAUUGUGAAAUGUCUGUAGUUUGUCAUUUACCAUACCCCUCCGACAAUCCCUAAUAAUAUAAUAGUAAUAAUAGUAUGAUGCCCUAUUUAAGUUUGAUUUAGUGAUUUGUCAAAAAAUAUCCCCACAAAUUAAUAGCCAAAGCAGCUCACCAGAGUCUUUUUCUUUUAAAAGGGCAUGUUUUUUGCGACCAGUCUGAUGGCAAGGUACGACAGGUUUUCAACAAUCCCUGAGCAUAAUAGAUACAGUAGAACCCACAUUUCCAUAUACUAAAUUCCCACCAUACUCAUUUUACACAGUAUAUUCCGCUGUUUGUACUUAUAUUUGUUGCACAAAUCAGAAAAAGCAGAAAAAACACUACUGUUCUAAGUCUUGAAUGUAUAAAGGCUAGGGUAUAAAUCUUUGCAAUCUAAUUCUUGGAUAGGUGCCAAAGUAGAAACGUGCAAGGAAGUUUGCAUAGUUGCAUAGGUAAAAUGUAUCAUCAAUAUUCUAGUUCUAGAACUAUGCAGGAUUCAUCCUAUUGUAAAUAAUGUCGAGAAACUAGCUGUCUUUUUGAGAUGCAUUUCAAAUGUCCUAAAGAAUUGCAUGGUACAAUUUAAUUACAAUUCAGUACAAAAAUAUAUAGAUGAAUAUUAUAUAUUUUUUCGGGAGGGAUGGGUGUGGGAGGGGGUUUAAAUUAUGUGGUUGUGCAGUAGAAAGCUAAGAAUCAAGGUCUUUCUAUUACAAGCACUUCAUUUAGAAAGGUGUGCCAGGCAAUAAAAAAAUACCUCUGUUUAUGUUAACCAUGCCUCAUUAGCACGAAAGGCAAGGCUAAUUCCUGGUUCCUCUGUGCCCCUGAAACUGUAGAUUUAAUUGAAUCCACUGAAGAAACGCUAUUUUAACAUAAAUCGUUUUCAUUUGUAUGUGUUUGUUGUGGCCACAGCUUUUUUUUUUUGCCUUCCUCCUGAAAUGGUAAAACAUUUUCUGUGUUUGAUUGACAUAUACAGCUGCUGUGCAUGAACUUGUCUGGGAGGGAUAGGGAGCCCUCUCAAGUAACAUUCCAUUCCAUCUUAUUCAGGAUUUCUAGCCUUUACACCCCCCACCAUCCCUAAACACACAAACUGUGUGUUUGCAUUGCUGCAGUGUAAUUUGACCUUUACAGAAAUGAACGAUCUUCCUAUUCACAACACAAAGCCUAAGUGUUAAGGGUGCUGUGAUGAUUUUUGUGGUACACUUUCUUGGCCUCUAGUGUUUUUUAUCAGUUACCCCAAUUAGGCAACCUUCCAAACUGGGCUUGUACUCUGCAUUUCUUUAGCUUUUCAUUUUUAAUCUUGCUAAAAGAGCAUUGUGCUUUUGUUUUAUUUCAAUAUGGCGAAAAGGAAAAGAACUCCCACAUACGAAAAUGUCCCUUUAUAGAUAUAUUUAUUUUGAAGUUCUAUUUUAUAUAGUAUUUAUUUAGAUGCCUACUUUUGUUUGUGAAUAAAAGCUUAUGUCAAAACAGAAUGUACAAUUAAAAUUGGAAAAAUAUAUAUUGUUAAAUAUAAA